AUGUUUAUUAUUAACUCAAUUGCAAUUACCAAUGAUCAAAAAUAUGUUAUCGGUGCAACUAACACUGGAGCACUCUAUUUUUGGGACUUUGAAAACAUUCUCCUCGAAAAUAGCAGUCGUACACAAGAAAAGACGUAUAAUCAUCCAUAAAUAAUUAGACAAAAUACUCUAAUAUACAAAGCAUCAUAUAAAUUUCCUCUUUUCAAAGACUCAAUUUAAUAAAUAUUACUUAUUCAAGAGAGUUUGUAUUGCGUAGUUGCUAAUAAAUUGUAUCAGGUCUAAAUGUCAUCAUUGAUAUCUCCAAAUCAAAUUAUCGACACAGAUUUAAAUUCCUCCAUCAUGAUUGUAAUUCUAAAUACUACUUCUUUAGUAAUCUUUUUAAGAAGAGAUUGAAUUUAUUAAAUACAAUAAUGAAAUACUCAUUGUUGCUGUGGGAUCUAGAUUAUACUUUAUCGAUUUAUAACAUGAGAACAAUAUAAUUGAGUAAUUAUGAAUUUACUAUUACUAAAGGGAAAUCGACAUCACUUAAUCAAUCAAUGAUAAUAUAUAUACCUUAGUACCAAUUAAAGAUGUGAAAAUAACUAGUUUGGCAGUGAUUGGGCAGAAUUUUCUGGCUAUCGGAUCAGAUAUUGGAAUAAUAGGAAUUUGGUGUAAGAUAUCGAUAUAAAUCAAUGAUAGCUAUUUCAACAUAUUCAUUCCAGUCUGUGCUCAGUUUCAAAGCUGCAAAUUAAGAAUUAUCGUAUGUUAAUGAUGUAUGAGAUUUUUGAUAAAUUCAAUUUAGAUUUUGUAUAUGGAGGAUGAGCAAUAAAUAAUUAGUUUGCAUAAGAAUUACUUAGUCAUUUGGAAUUCAAUUUUAAGAAAUGACGAUGAAAUUAGACCCAUUUCGGAUUAUUACAAAAUGUGCAGUUUCCAAAAUAAUGUAAAUUCUUCAUCAAUUUAGAUUUAUUUAACAAAAGGAAACAGACAAAUUGAAUAAAUGAAUUCAAAAAUAACACUAUAGACAUCCUCAGAUGUUAUAUUAUAGUUUAGCACCAUUUCUUAUUAGAAUAGUAAUGUUCUUAUCGCAAAUGGCUCAAGUCCAUUUGUCGAUAUUUAUGUAGAUAAAAAUUAUACAUUGACAUUAAGUUGUUUAUGA